AUGAGAAUUCACUCGUCCCAGGUCUUAGGAAAGUCACUUGUCCCCGGUCUUGAAAAUUCACUUGUUCUAGGCCUUGAGAAUUCACUCGUUCCAAGCCUUGAGAAGUCACUCGUCGCAAGCCUUGAGAAGUCUCUUCUCUCAAGUCUUGGGAUGUCAUCUGUCCCAAGUCUUGAGAACCCACUUGUCCCAAGCCUUGAGAAAUCACUCUACACAAGCUUUGAGAAUUCACUCGUUCCAAGCCUUGAGAAGUCAUUCGUCCCAAGCCUUCAGAAAUCACUCGCACCAAGCCUUGAGAAAUCUCUCGUCCCUAGUCUUGAGAAUUCACUUGUCCCAAGACUUGAGAAGUCAUUUUUCCCAAGUCUUGAGGCGUCACUUGUCUCAAGUUUUGAGAUGUCACUUGUCCCAAGCCUUGAGAAGUCACUUGUUCCAUGCCUUGAGAAGUCAUUCGUCCAAAGUAUUGAGAUGUCACUUGAAUCAGGAUUUGUGAAGUCACUUAUUCCAGUCCUUGAGAAGUCACUCGUCUAG